AGAGGGACCAGGUGGUCCCCACGUGGCUCUUGCCUCUCCUAGUUGAGAGUGGUGGCUGGGAGUCCAGCAGGGGGCCCAGCAUCAGGGUCCUGGCAGGUGGCCUCAGCCUCUCCAGGUGGAUGUCCCCCAAGUGUUCCACAUAGUCUCCCAUACCAAGAACUGGGGAGUGUGCGCCCACAGCCCGGGUCACACAGGCAUCAGGUCCUUGCUCUGCAGCCCUGGGGCCCCCCUCCCAGGCUGCCUCAUCUGCACUAACCAGACUUUUGAGAAAAGUGCUGGCAUUCAAAGUGACCUCAUAGAAAGAUCAGAACAAUUGAACAAGUUUAAAAAUAGCAAGAAGGAAGAAGACCACUUCAGCCACCCAGAGAUGACAACCCUUAAUGUUGUGGAAUAUCCACCCAGUCUUUUUCUAUCUGUGGGGCUGCUACCCGAUUGGAGGUGACAUUCGUUCUCUUCUAUUGUCAUUGACAUUGGGACACAUCUCUCCUUCGUACUCUCAUAUGCGUCCCCGCCUCCAACAGCUGCAUCUUAAUUCAUGCAUGGCCCAUUCUAGAUCUAGUGAUCAUGUCUCUCUUGUUCACGUGAGGUGGGUCCGCCACGAGCCCCUGCGCAGGCCGAGGGCACACACAAAUCGUCCUGGGACAGGGAGCCAGGGAGAACCAAAGGAAAGCCCUGGGGUUGGGGCUGCUCGUUUCACAUGCUUGGCCUCAUUCCUUUUGUGCCCAGGGCCGGAACCCCGUUUUUCUGGGAGUAAGCGUGUUCCGCGUGGAGGGGAAGCAACGAGAUCGCAGCGCGAGGGGGAGGGCGUGGCGUUCCCAGGAAGCGGGCGCGGGGCGCAGGCGCGUGGCGCCACAGUUCGUUCGUGGCCUGGCCGGGGUGCUGGGUGUCGGCAACCCAGCGGGUGGGGCUCUGAGAUGGCCUCGGAGCCACCCUGCGCCCCCGGCUCCCCGGAAGCCCCGGACAAGGGCAAGAAGACAGUGUCACAGCAGUGUGAAGUACAGCCGCCUUUGGUCCCCUCCGGCGACAUUGAGCAUCCGCCCCAGAAGCUGCCCCGUGCGGCCCUGGUCAGGGGCUAUGGCCGCUUCCGUCUGUCGAUUGUGGAAGCACGCCAGGGCCAGCUGCUGUCCCGCUUGGACCCCCUGGAGGUGGGCAAGCGCUCACUGCCAUCCGAGAAGCGCUCGAUGCCUGAGGAGAAGUUCUGGGGCGACCAGGAGUCCCUCUCCAAGAUCCCUUUUAAAAUUAUGAAGGGACACAGUCACAUUGUGAGUUCCUGUAACUUCUGUGUGGAUGACACAAAGCUCCUCAGUGGCUCCUAUGACUGCACUGUGAAGCUGUGGGAUGCUGUGGAUGGCUCAGUCAUUCGGGAUUUUGAGCACAGGCCCAAUGCUCCUGUUUUAGAGUGCAGCGUGACGGCUGACAGCAAAAGAAUUAUUGCAGCGUCCUAUGACAAAGCAGUGAGGGCUUGGGACCUUGAGACAGGCAAGCUGCUGUGGAAGAUCAACCAUGAAACCUUCAUAGCCUCCUGUAAGCUUUCUCCUGAUGGCAAAUACGUGGUCUCAGCCUUGGACGUGGAUCGCGGAAUCUGUAUAACAGAUGCGGAAAACGCCACCACUGUGUCACACAUCAAAAAUCAUCACAGCCGGUCUCUCACGGCAUGCUGCUUUGACCCCGACAGCCAGAAGGUGGCUUCCGUCUCAUUGGACAAAAGCAUCAAGAUCUGGGAUAUUACAUCCCAAGCCACGCUGCUCACCAUCACCAAGGCACAUUCCAGUGCGAUCUCUAACUGCUGUUUCACCUUCAGUGGCCAUUUCCUGUGUACAAGCUCUUGGGAUAAAACCUUAAAAAUCUGGAAUGUCCAUACAGGGGAGUUUCGAAACUGCGGAGCCUGUGUGACUCUGAUGCAGGGCCAUGAAGGUUCUGUGAGCUCCUGCCACUUUGCCAGAGACACCUCUUUUCUCGUGUCUGGAGGGCUCGACAGGACUGUGGCUAUCUGGGAUGUAGGAGAAGGCUACCGGAAGCUCUCCUUGAAGGGCCAUAGUGACUGGGUGACAGAUGUUGCCAUUAGCAAUGACAAGAAACGGGUCCUGUCUUCUUCAAAGGAUAGGACCAUGAGACUAUGGAAUAUUGAAGAAAUUGACCAAAUUCCUUUGGUCAUAAAGUACAAAAAGGCCCUGGGCUCAAAGGUGAAACAGUGUGAAGUGUGUGACAGGCCUUUCUCCAUCUACGAAAGUGACAUCUUUUCUGAAACCGUCACCAAAUGUGUGUUCUGCCGGAUGGAUGCAAAAGACUUGUCAGCAGAGGCCUCAUCAUCAUCCGGAGGGGAAGCUCACUGGCAAGGGAGUGCAGCCCUGCCACAGAUGACUGAUGGCCAUUGGGCCUGUUGACUGACUUGAGCACCUGUCAUAUGGGUUUUGGGGUUCUGCAGGGACCUUUCUCUAUGGCCCCUUCCUGGCCGGGUAGGCGUAUCAGACAAGGGCAGGGGCAUGGCCUCAGCUCCACAGCACUCUUGGUAGUGGAGAUCAUACACUUUUUUAGUUUUCAUGACGAAUAAAUCUAGAUUCCUUUAGAAAACAA